GAAAGAAUAGCCAAUGGUAAGUGGAAACUGUAGAAAGUGAUAAAUGAGGCAGAUUCAGAGGUGAAGUCCGUUAAUCCAAUUCCAUCCAAUGGCCUUUUUGAGGAUUUGGGUUCUUCCGAUUUUAUAGAAAAGCUAACACCAAAAAUAAUAAUCAAAGAGACAAGACACAGUCAUAACCAAAUCUGUGUGUGAGAGAGAGAUCCAGGAGAGAGAGAGAGAGUGUGUGAGAGAGUGAGUGCAGAGAACGUGAAAUUGAAAAAUGCGUUCCUCCACUUGCUGAGAGAAGAAGAGACAGAGAGAAGAUUGGGGUUCGAGACUUUUCAUGAGGCACUGAGAUUUUUUUUUUUUAGCAUUCUUUGAGGAAUACAACCCCCCAAAUGUCAGAUUCAGAUAACCAUUUGAUCCCUUCUUCUGCAUGCUGGUAACUACUACCUUCCCCCUUGGUGAAAUGGUGCAUGCAGUUAGUUUGUAGAGAUGCAUACCGAAGCUGAGGUCGAGAUGUCAGAAGAUGAUAGCUUUGAAGGGUCGUAUGAAGAGCAUCAGAUAUUCAGGGAAGUUUUCUUUCCAAGUGAUUCCGGAAAGGCUACUACUAAAAGAUGUCUUGUUACUGGAGCCAUUACCUUCGAGUGUGAUCCCAGUAACAAUGUCAACUCCUCGCUGAGUUCAAACAAUGACAACUCUGUGGUCACAAGUGGAUAUGCAUGCCUUGAAGGCUCUGACCCGUCAUCUGCUUCUAAGGAUGGUUCAGAAGUUUACACAAAAGCUAAAAGAGCCAAGCUUUCUGGUAAUAACAAUGUGGAUGAAAAUGCUGAUUUCGCCAGAGAUAUGAUACCUCUCCGUUUAGUCGAAACGUCUAACAAGGGCGUCUCAACGAGCUCUUAUUUGCUGAAGCAAAGCAUAGAGAAGGGGAAAGAGGUUUAUCUGAGUGGCAUUAUCUCACAAAAAUGUGAUGGAAAGGAGUUAAAGGCAAUUGAGUCUCCUGUCUCUCAGGAGAGCUUUGCGACCAGAGUGUUCUCUACGCCUCAUAGUGAGAAGUCUUACUUCCAACUACAGUUAAAGGAUGGACCUAAAGUAUCUACUAAUGAGUUAACCAUGUCUGAGACUUGUUUAAAGAUUGAUCCUAAAGAGGACCCUCGUCCUCUUCUCUACAAGUAUAUAAGCAAGUUGCUAGCUUCUUCCAGAUGGAAAAUCGAGAAGCGCCCAAGAUCUAAUAGUAAAUACCCGGAAACUGUAUACGUAUCUUCACAGGGACGGAAGUUUCGUGAAUUUGGGUCAGCUUGGAGAUCACUAGGGGAGAUGUUACUAGCUGGUCAUAAAUUAAUGGAUUCAGGUACUAAGAAAUGGACAGGUAUCAAUGACUUUUGGUCUGAUCUCUCGCUCACAUUGUUGGACAUUGAGGAGAACAUGAAACUGUUAGAUCUUGCAAACACACGAGCACUUUGGUGGAGUACCUUAGAGCCUUUUGUGACUGCUGUCUUCGUUGAUAAGAAAGUUGGUUCUUUAAGAAAAGGAAAUAAAGUUGAAGUUGCAAGGAAUUCAGUUAUUGAAAAGUUUAAGCAAGAGGAUGCAACUUGUCUGAAAUUAAUCUCAGGCUGUCCUGAAAGUGUGCUGACAGUAUCUGAGAGCAGUCUUCUUGUUUAUGACGACAAUGGUAACCAAGAGAUUCAUUCUGAUCUUGAGAGGAAAAAUACUUCUUCAAGACAAGAGAAGGAUAACAGUGUUAGUAAGGAGGUUAGCAAGGUCGUUGAAGCUUCAAAACUGAUAGCAGAAGGCAUCCAUGAAACUCUUCUGAGAAAGAAGACACACGGAAGAUCGAAAAAAGUAUCAGAAGCUCCCUUGGAUUCCAAUAGCCUCAAAUGUCAGGAUAAAGAUAUGGGAAACAUCCACAUCAUCUCAGAGGAGAAUCAAGAUAAGAGGUUAAGGAAUGAUAAGAUGAAGAAUUCAAAGAAGGGAAGAAAAAAAGCUAGAAAGAACUGUAAUCAAGAUGAUGACGUUUUCAAAACCAAAGGUAAGGGUGGAUGUGCAAUCAGAUCAAGCCAGAAGAAGAAAGCUCAGAGAUCAAAAGCUAGAACCAAGAAAAAGAACAAUAAGGGAGGGUGUAGGCUACUUCCCCGGAGCACAAGCAACGGGGAAAAAGAAUUUGGUCAAGGAAACUGGUCUGCUUUAGGUCCAAGAACUGUGUUAUCAUGGUUGAUAGCUACCAAAGUAAUCUCUAGGGACGAAGUAAUCCAGUUACGAGAUCCAGAUGAUGAUGACACUGUUGUAAAAACAGGCAUCGUGACUAAAGAUGGAGUGGUCUGUACAUGUUGCAACAAGACUAUAUCACUUUCUGAGUUCAAGAAACAUGCUGGAUUCGACCAGGGGUGUCCUUGUCUUAAUCUAUUCAUGGGAUCAGGAAAGCCUUUUGCUUCGUGUCAGCUGGAAGCUUGGUAUGCUGAGUAUAAGGCCCGGAGAAAUGGAUCGAGAUUAGAGGAGGCUUAUGAUGGUAACGAUCCAAAUGAUGAUUCUUGUGGCAUUUGUGGUGAUGGAGGUGAGCUGAUCUGCUGUGAUAAUUGCCCUUCUACCUUCCAUCAGGCUUGUUUAGCAAUGAAGGUGCUCCCUGAAGGCAGUUGGUAUUGCUCAAGCUGCACAUGUUGGGUAUGCAGAGAGUUAGUUAGUGAUAAUGCUCCUGCUGACCUCUCUCAGGAUUUUAAGUGUUCCCAGUGUGCACAUAAAUAUCAUGGAGCAUGUCUGAAAGAGACAAGCAAACGCAGAGAACCAUUUCCAGAAACCUACUUUUGUGGUAAAAGUUGCGAGAAGGUGCACACGGGUCUCAAUUCUCGUGUUGGGAUCAUAUAUCCUAAUGCUGAUGGUCUGUCAUGGACGGUUUUGAAAUGUUUUCAAGAAGAUGGAAAGGCUCAUUCUGCUCGAAGGUUGGCACUGAAGGCUGAAUGCAAUUCGAAAUUAGCUGUUGCUCUAUCGAUUAUGGAGGAAUGCUUUUUGUCUAUGGUAGAUCCAAGAACUGGUAUUGACAUGAUACCUCAUGUGCUAUACAACUGGGGGUCAAAAUUUGUUCGCUUAGACUUUGAUGGGUUUUACACAGUGGUCGUGGAAAAGAACGAUGUGAUGAUCUCUGUAGCAUCCAUCAGGGUGCAUGGAGUAAGUAUUGCAGAGAUGCCUCUUGUAGCUACAUGCAGCAAGUAUCGUCGUCAGGGAAUGUGUAGAAUCCUCGUGACUGCCAUCGAAGAGAUGCUUAUGUCACUCAAAGUGGAGAAUCUUGUUGUUGCCGCGUUGCCAAGUUUAGUGGAAACAUGGACUGAAGGUUUUGGCUUCAAAACCAUGGAUGAUGAAGAACGCGAAGCUCUCAAAAGAAUAAACUUGAUGGUGUUCCCUGGGACAGUUCUGCUCAAGAAAACGCUAUACCAGUGCUCAAAACCCAACAAAGCAGCAGAUCUAGACAAAGCCGGGUUUGCCACGACGACCCAACUUGAGAGCUGCGAUCAGAUGGUUCCAGAAGGAUCAGAUGAUGAGCCUCCCUUGGGCUUACCAGUCCCACUUGGGACCAACGAAACAGAACUAGCUUCAGAGGCAGAGAAGCCAGACCAAGAGAACAACACCAAAGAAGAUUGUUUAGAGAAGGAACUGUCAAAGGUUUCAGCAGAAGGAGAGCAAGAAGUGAAGACAAGAGCUUCUUCCUCCUCUGAACCUGUAGAAGAAGAGAGGCAAGUUAGUAGUGUAGAAGUAGUAAAUAAUGUUAGUGAUGAGAUGUUGCUUUGUGUUGAUGAACAACUUGACUCUGAUAGCUCUGAAGAAGACUCUGAUUAGUAUUAGCCUUUGAUAAAUAACAAAACACUACCACUUCUUUUUCCACUCUAUUUUUGAUUUUUAUAUAAUCUUUAAAAUC